UUUUCGGUGUGGUUAGACUGAGUAAACAGCACCGCCCGGUGCUUGUUUGUAUCUCCGGCUUGAGCGAUCCAUCGCAGCGCGCCGGGCUCGAUUGACACUGUCUGCUGAUCUGCUGCUGCCCAUCGCUCGCAAUAACAAGGCUUGCUCGCUAAUUCCCGUCCAAACAGCCUCCCGAAAGACCCAACACGUCGGUCAAGAACGGAGUCAACACCUCGCUAUGGCUUCGGGAGACCUUUACGAGGUAGGCUGAAGCCACGUCCACGCCAUAUUCGUUGUCAUGUUGCCGAAUAUUGGAAUUAGGAAGUAAAGGGGAGGGCGUCGAGCAGUGUGUGUGUAAAAAAAAAAGAAGAAGAAGAGGCGUCCUGAGCCCUUUAAAGAGACCAAACUAAGCCUCGACAAGCUUUGCUCGACUUUACGUCGCUCCUGACACUCUUUGGCUCUUUUCCUGGUGGUUAUGGCGGACAUGUGAGGUGUAUUUGACGGCUAGAAGUGCUCGGGGUGUCGCCGAGUUGAAAGUGGUGGUAAAGUGACAGCGGACAUGCCGACGGGAGGGAUGGUCGCGGAGGUGCGCACACAUGUCAGGAAUGAGCUCCUCCUCAUCACCGCCGUGACGAGCUGUGUUGGUCACGGAGCUCCACAGUUUUAUGUUUAUCAAGUGGAGCGUAUUGUAGACAAAAGGCGAAACAAGAAGGGUAAGUGGGAGUACCUAAUCAGGUGGAAGGGCUAUGGAAGUAAAGAGGACACCUGGGAGCCGGAGCACCACCUACUGCACUGUGAGGAGUUCAUUGAUCACUUCAACAGCUUGCAAAUACAUCUGCACAAACAGCCCAAAAUUCCCAAAAGUACAGCCAACGGUCAUUCGGCAGCCACAGAAAACUCCAGAGCUCGGGCUGAAGUGCGAAAGAAGAAAAGCGGUAGUGAGCCAGCCGUUGGGGUUCGAGUGGGAACUAUUCUAGGGAUCCCAGGUGGAGGGUCAGCAGCCAUUCACAGGCAGAGGAAGGUUGGUGAAGGGCUUGGUAGGCAUGCUUUGCGGGACAAAAUGAGCAAAGCCAUGACCUUUAAGACUCCUUCACUAGGAGCCCCUCGUUUUGUGGCCCCGAUGAGGGAGCCUUAUAAUGGACUCCAGAAUGGAGAUGUGGAGCCACACAUGUACAGGACAGCAUCAAGGUCACACAGAGCAUCUUCGGACAGGGUGAACGGAGACCAAAAAGAAAUAGAUACUACUGAAUUAGGCUCUCCUUUGGCCGACAGUAAGAUGCAACUGCACAGCUCAGCAAAGCGCAAGAUGGCAGAGGAGAAGUGUUACGUGUUUGACAAGCGGCUCAGGUACAACGUGCGACAGAACGAGGGCAACUGUCGAUUCCGGGACAUCGUAGUCCGAAAGGAGGAUGGUUUUACGCACAUCCUUCUUUCCAGCCAGACGACGGACAAUAACGCUCUGACGCCAGAGAUCAUGAAGGAGGUGUGUCGGGCUCUUGGAAAUGCGGCAUGCGAUGACAGUAAACUGUUAUUGCUCAGCUCUGUGGGGACGGUCUUCUGUAGUGGGCUGGAGCCGUCCUACCUGAUCGGCCGUCUGUCCACCGACCGCAGGAAAGAAAGUAGUCGCAUUGCAGAUGCCGUAAGGGACUUUGUGUUGGCCCUCAUACGCUUCAAAAAGCCCAUUGUAGUGGCCAUCAAUGGGCCAGCCCUAGGCUUGGGGGCAUCUAUCCUGCCUCUAUGCGAUGUGGUCUGGGCCAGUGAGAGAGCCUGGUUCCAAACUCCAUGUGCAGCCCUCCACCUCACCCCUUCUGGCUGCUCCUCUUACACUUUCCCCCAAAUCCUGGGUGUAGCUUUGGCCAAUGAGAUGCUGUUCUGCGGCAGAAAACUCACGGCACAAGAAGCAUGCAGUCGCGGUCUGGUGUCGCAGGUCUUCUGGCCAACCACAUUUAAUCAGGAAGUGAUGCUGCGUGUGAAGGAGAUGGCGUCAUGCAAUGCUGUGGUUCUAGAGGAAUCCAAAUGCCUGGUGAGGAGCAUCCUCCUGCGUGUUUUAGAAGAAGUGAACGAGAAGGAGUGUCAGAUGCUAAAGCAGCUGUGGUGUUCCACCAAAGGACUGGAGGCGCUCUUCAGCUACUUGCACAACAAAGCGUAUGAGAAGUGACCCCAAACUGAAGCAGUCUUUGUUUCCAGCCAUCAGCACGGAGGAAGCCCGAGAUUGAGUGUGCUUUCAUCAAAUUCUUCUUGUUUUUUUUCAACUGGACCGUCCAGUUGUUGAUUCUCUUUUCGAGAAGGGGACCAAAUCUGCAUUAGUUCAAAUGAACAUCAAGCAGGGCUCAGGAAGAAGGUACACUGGCUUUGUGUACAUGCCGAAAUGAAUCAGGAUGCAGAAAAUCAAUUGUCUGACAAGCACAUGACAAAGUGAUGAUAAUAUUUUAGAUUAUAUAUAUAUAUAUAUAUAUAUAUAUAUAUAUAUAUAUAUAUAUAUAUAUAUAUAUAUAUAUAUAUAUAUAUAUAUAUUUGCAUCCUAAAGUUAAGUAUUUGUAUAUACAGUAAGAUAUGUAUUUCAGGCUGGAUUUACACUGCAGGUCUAAGAGCCCCUUUUCCCAAUUUAGAGACUAAAAUAGGAAGGGAAUUCAUAUGUGUUCAUUUGUCACAGUUUACCUGACACAUGAAACGUGAUAAAUUGGGGCGGUUUCACUAUUCACUGUACCUGUUGAACACCUUAAAAUGUGUUUUGUGGCAAUUCCAACUUUGACCACAGCAUCAGUUGCUAUGUAGAGUGGCGCUUUCCAUCAUUUUCAGCAGACUGCAUUGCAAAAUGAUUAAACACCCCCCACCCCCUCGUCCUCGCACACGAGAUCCACCCAGGUAUGGGGCCAUAUGAAUCCCUUCCCUACUGUACGUCCUUUUUAAAUGAACUCUUAAGUUUUACACCUCACCUCGCAUCUGCGCACAUACAGAAUGCACGUAAACAACUGAAAGUAAACAACAAUGAACAAAUCACUAACCAUGCAAGGGAAUUGGAUGGGGAUCCGGUGUCUUGAAACGCCGGCCGUGAUAAGCUAGCCAUGUAUACUGUACAUCCUAAAACAGAAAAAUCUCAGGAGAAAAUAAUUAAAUUGUGCUUGGACAGAUUACUUUGUCUUUAGUGCCAAUGAUGCUGGCUUACAUGUGUGCUUGAUAACUAGGAAACAACAACAGAUAAGUAAGUAGGCGUACACAUGAGUAACAGUGGUCAGUCCUGCACACGCCAGCCUCGAACUGAUGACCACAUAUGCCUACUGAUUGUGAGUUGAGGCGAGCCAUCGAGCUAAAAGUGUGAGUUGUGAGGUUUAACCAAGGUACUAUUGCACAGCCUCGCUAGCUGGCAUCAUGGGCGGACUAUUAGUAGGCAAACACAGGCAGUUGCCUUGGGCCCCGAGAUUUCAUGUCGCCCCAAAACGUCCUAUAAAAAAACUGUAUUUUGUCCAAACACAGUCAACGUCAAGAGCUCUCUUUUUCCUACCAGUCACACACUUUGACCUUCACAAUAAUAGCGCCACGUGUCAGAACAGGUCCAACUGUGCUAACAAAAUAAUGAUCAAAAAAGCUCUGCUGGCCAGUUUGCAUGGAGGUUUCUAACAACAUGGUAGAUUACCAUCUUUUUGGUGUGUGGAGGGCCCUGGGGACAAGGUUUACCUUGGGCCCCCAAAUGACUAAAUAUGCCCCUGAAUGGCAUACGUCACACAUACACACUGCAUGUCUGUUGUAUUCUACAAACAGGUGAAAUGAAAAAAUAAUUAAAUUAGAUUACAUGAUUAAUAUUAAAAUGUUUUUAAGCUGGGUUACAGUAUGUGGACGCCCUUGUAGCGUAAAUCCAGCCUAAGUUGCCUGCUGUGUUGACAUGAAGUGAAAACCAAAGUUUCGUUGCAUUGAUCAUGUACAUUCCACUCGGGCUACUUUGAUGCUUGAAUUGUCAGAAGAACAUAUCCUGCGCGAAACUUGAGCUUCUAUUUAGGGACGGUGACUCACUUUGAACAAUUCUUGCAUUGAACUAAACAUAAGACGACCCAUUUUUUUCUUUGUAUUUAUAUAUUUUUAAGACAAGCUUAGCAAGUUCGACAGACAUUGGGCCCGAUCUACUAAGCUCCAGAUAACAGGCACUAAACAACGUGCACAAACUAUAAAUUGUGUGUACUAUUAGUAGGCAUGUUGCGUGUGAUCUUCCAAGACUGCGUGGACAAUUGAUUAGUGCAAAAGUGGUGCAGACCGCCCGAUUUAUACGUGUUUUUUGGCAUGUAUACCGGUUGUCACCAUGCAGAUACUCCACAUUUACGGCAUCAUAUAGUCCAAACUGGGGGGUUUCAUCAUGUUGUGACAUGCAGUGCACAAAUCUAAUAUGUGCCACCUUUUCUGGAACCUACUUUAAGCACGCUGAAGGUGCAAAACAACCCUUUUACUCUUUGUACCCGAUGAUCCGUAUUGAACAAGUGAGAACAUGAAUAGUUUAUAUUGGAUAUUAACAGUACAAUAAGUAUUCAUUACAGAUCUGACUAUAAUUCCCUAAAGCAAGAAAAUGAUGAUGCAAGAAAAUGUAUAUUGCAAAAAUUUUUCAUAUAGAAAAUAUGUUACAAUAAUAUAUUUGUCAUAUGAAAAAAACGAACACCAUUACAAAAAUAUAUAUAUAUAUAUACUUGUGUGCACCAAAAUGAAUCAAUUAGUUUUAAUCAACCCUUUAAGACAUCCAGCAGAUUAUAAAAUGGCAUCGCUAAUUAGAUGAGUCUAAUACCUGCUCAGCGGCCUAGUGGUUAGAGUGUCCGCCCUGAGAUCGGUAGGUCGUGAGUUCAAACCCCGGCCGAGUCAUACCAAAGACGAUAAAAAUGGGACACAUUACCUCCCUGCUUGGCAGUCAGCAUCAAGGGUUGGAAUUGGGGGUUAAAUCACCAAAAUGAUUCCCGAGCGUGGCCACCGCUGCUAUCAGUGGUACUUUAUCUUUAAUGAUUUUAUUUCAGUCCAAAUAUGUUGACACAAGAAAACACACUAAAUAUUCUAUUUCUCAUUCGUCUUGUCUUUCCACUGCAAUCGCCUUCUUUCUCACAGUCAUUUGUGCGUAACUGUGCCAGUUUCCGCGGACAUUCCAAACGUUCUAGAUAUCGGCGCAAAACGGCGGCCGCAGAACUGUUUAAGUCUUGAUAAAUCGCACGGCGGGUCCUAAAUUAUUAUAUUCACACCUUCUCCUCCCAGUAUUGUGGGCGUUGUGAUAAUCAGCAUUGUAUUAGUACGUGGAGACAAACACUUUAAAUCAGGGGUAGGGAACCUAUGGCUCUAGAGCCAGAUGUGGCUCUUUUGAUGACUGCAUCUGGCUCUCAGAUAUAUCUUACCUGACAUUGCUUAACACGAUAAGUAAUGAAUAAUUCCGCUGAUAAUCACAGUGUUAAAAAUAACCACAUAUCAACCAGACUACAAAGCCAUCAGCAAAAUCAUGCAGCACCAGAAGUCACAUUAAUGGUAAGAAGUAUUUUAUUCAUUAUUGGUUAGCUUCAGAAUAACACUGUUAAUAAAAAUAAUAAGGAACUUAUUAUACUCUAAAAAUGUUGGUCUUACUUAAAAAUGCACGCAUUUAGUGGUAUUCAGUUUUAACAUUUUUAUACGGCUCUUACAGAAGUACAUUUUAAAAUAUUUGGCUUUCAUGGCUCUCUCAGCCAAAAAGGUUCCCGACCCCUGCUUUAAAUGGAUUGUACUCCUUAUUUUGCUCAUGUAAGAGACGCAAUCUUGGGUUAUGGGAUAUACUUGUAUAGCGCUUUUCUACCUUCAAGGUACUCAAAGCGCUUUGACACUAAUAAUAAUAAUAAUAGAAUUUAUUUGUAAAAAGCACUUUACAUUGAGUAAACAACCUCAAAGUGCUACAGUGUAUUAAAAAAAUAAAAAAUAAAAAUAUAAUAAAAAAUAAAUAAAAAUCAAAACUAGAACAGCCUAAUAGAUAGAACUAGUAUGCAUAUAUCUAAAAAAAAAAAAAAAAAAGGCUUUUUUAAAAAGAAGGGUUUUUAAGCCUUUUUUAAAAGCAUCCACAGUCUGUGGUGCCCUCACGUGGUCAGGGAGAGCGUUCCACAGACUGGGAGCGGCGGAGCAGAAAGCCCGGUCUCCCGUUGUUCAUAGCUUUGUCCUUGGAGGACUAUUUCCACAUUCACCCAUUCACACACACAUUCACACACUGAUGGCGGGAGCUACCAUGCAAGGCCCUAACCACGACCCAUCAGGAGCAAGGGUGAAGUGUCUUGCUCAAGGACACAACAGACAUUACAAGUUUGUUAAAAGGUGGGGAUCGAACCAGGAACCCUCAGGUCGCUGGCACGGCCACUCUCCCAAAUGCGCCACGCCGUGCCAUCUUCUGUGCACGAGCUUAGUAGAUCAGCGUUGCGUGCACUAUUACGUGUUUUAAUGCACGCAAACCUUGAGUAGAUCAGGCCCAUAAUCCUAAAACAAGCAUCAAAAAUCCUGUGUUUGAUUACCCGCUCAACCUUUAAGACACUUUUUUUUGAGCGUGUGUCUGUCAGCGGUUGACUCGCUCGGGGAGAAAUCGUUGGACGCCAACCGUUGGUUUGCAAAUGUAACGGAGGCGAGCCGGAAUGGCUGGGCGAGUACGUUAGGAAACCUCACACCCCGACUGAUGGAUUGAGACUUUUAUUAGUAGAUUGCACAGUACAGUACAUAUUCCGUACAAUUGACCACUAAAUGGUAACACCCGAAUAAGUUUUUCAACUUGUUUAAGUCAGGGUCCACGUGAAUCAAUUCAUUGACGACUUCAAGAGUAAUGCUCGCCUCUCACCCGGGUAACCAGGGGUCGCGCAUUGUUCGUAUCAGCGGUGGCAUGGAGUCCAAACCAGCUGGGUUACGCACAUAUAUAAUCUUUAUAUCCCAAACGUAAGUCAAUGUGUUUUUUAUGCGUCUCAAUGCAGUACUUUGAGGAAGUAGUAGUAGUGGAAGUAGUAGAAAACCUACCUCUUGCUUUCAGUUACAUGAACUCUGUGAGGAAUCAAUCUGACUUUGGACCUUAGUUCCUUAUUUUUUGUCAAGACAACUUUAAAGAGAAGAGGCCUUGUUUCUUCCCAAUGCACAAAGCUGUGUCCAUCAUGUCAUGCUUGGAGUGGAACUUUAAUUAAUGAAAGACCUCUGGGAUGGCCUGGAACAGAGAUGACGAGCCAAGCAAAGCCGUCUCCGGGGUUCAACGUCGAGUUGGCAAAAGAUUCCGACAGACACUCUCAUCGGUCCUUUAAGACGAGUGGAAGCUGCAAAUAGAUAGGCGUCACUUUACUUUUGUCCAAAUUAACUUCAGCCAUAUUGAACAUCUCCCCCACUAUUCCGUUUUACGUUAUUUACACCUUCCAACAAAACAGCUUUGUCAAUUUAGUGUUUUUUUGUUUUUUUACCUGUGAAAUAACUUUAAUGUUUUCAUGUACAUUGCUUUGUCAACAAGGUGAAUGAUGAACACUGGAUGUACGAUCAAGUUUGCCAUGGACUCCUUCCUAUCUGUGCAGGAUUCCACUUUCAAAUGGGGAUUUUGGUGUAAAAAUGUGAGUACAAUCAUGAUGCAAUGAAGUGAGUGAAACAGGAGUACGAUGAAUUGCGUUGAUUUGAAGAGCACUACUAUCCUGUGUCACAUAUUGAGGAUCUAUUUUGUUUUACCAAAAAAAUAUCUAUACACAUAAAAGUAAUGCUUAGAAGCUAUUUUGGAGGGGAAAAAAUUAAUUUUUGAGUUAAUUUUUGCAAUUGUUCACAUGCAGUAGAUGUAGAUGUAGAUGGGUGUACAGGUGUGACAUGUCGCAUGUGAAAUGCUGUACAUAUUAUGGAUAAUAUGGUCUGUUGUUUCUAGGUAUGUUUUGUACCUGCAUUGUAAGUAAAAUUGAAGAUGUUUAUUGUAUGUUUAUUUUUGUAUUUAUUCAAAGUGCAUUCUUUGCUCUGCUCCUGACUCAAAAUAACCCUUUACUCUUUGUGCCCGUAUUGAACAGUUGAGUAAAUUAAUAGUUUGUAUUGGAUAUCAACAGUACAGCAAGUGUUUAUUACAGAUCUGACUAUUAUUUCCUAAGGCAAAUGCUACUUAUCAUAUUAAUACAAAUGUCUACCUUUGUGACAAAAGACAGUUUUAAGUUAACAAAGGCAUGUUAAAUCAUGUAAUAUAUUGUGAUACUGUGUUCUUAAACAAAACAUGUAUUUUCCCUAUAUUUAUUUAUUGUCAUUUCAGGCUGACUUAAUUGCAUUUUCCCCUAAAACGUCCUUGAAAUAAAGCUAAUGUUAUUGUAUCAUUGACGUACUUUUUGUUCAUAUGUACACACUUCUGCACACACACACGAAAACUCUCCUCAAAAUAGGAUUUCUUGACUUUACAGAUCAAUAUGGGCAAUUUAAUUGAAUAGGAGCCAUUUGCUUGUAACUCUAAAAAAUAAACUAACAUCUUUUUUCAACUCCAAUAACAUAACUAUUGAGCAACUUAAAAUGUAUACGAGUUCUAAGUUCGGUGGUGAAAAUAAGGAC